CACUACACAGCUAGCCCAUGCAAGUUGCCCUGCUGGAGCGCGGCGGUCACGAGAAAGGCUACCUGGAUUUCUAGAGCAAACACAGCAAUCUGGCGGCGCGUGUCUCGUCCCCGCGCAUGCACCCCACUCCCGGGCUGAGGACCUGAGAGCGCGCAGCGGACAACGGGGAUUGCAAUUAAGUGACAAAAUAUUUUGCAAAAACAAACGACGACAUUUUCUUUCUUUUUUUGCACGUCGCUCCGCUCUGAAUAUUUGUCUUCUCUCUGCGCAAACACUUCCCGGAGCGCGCCAGUCACGGAUCGGAAGAGUUGGUGGGGUUCUCGUGCUUUUCUAACAGUGGGAGCUCCUUUUUUGGGUUUCCUGAGGAGCACAGCGACUUGUUUUCUUGCGAGCAUCAAAAUGGACGUGUUGGCGAAUUACAGUAUCUUUCAGGAACUUCAGCUCGUGCACGACACGGGCUACUUCUCCGCGAUGCCAUCGCUGGAGGAGAACUGGCAGCAGACGUGUCUGGAGCUGGAGCGCUACCUGCAGACGGAACCCAAGCGGCUGUCCGACUUGUUUGACGAUGAGCUGGACUGCCUCCUGACGCCGGCGUACCUGAAGGGCGACAGCGACGAGGACCUGAUGGACCCGCUGCUGUCCGGCCUGUCCGGCCAGUCCGGUCCGCCGCCACCCCUGCUCGUAUCUCUUCCCAGGAGCCUCCACGCCCCGUCCGGCGGCGCGCCCGCGGAGGCGGCGGUCAAAGAGGGCAGCGUCGGCGUGAACCCGGCGCAGCUGAGUGCCGUUACAUCCCUCACGCCGCCCUCCUCGCCCGAGCUGGGCCGGCACCUGGUCAAGCCCGCGCAGACCCUGACCGCCACGGCCGACGGCACGCUCACGCUCAAGCUGGUGACCAAGAAGGUGGGGAUGGGCACGGCCAAGCUGGUGGCCGCAGACUCGCUCCCCUCGCCGCCCGGACGGGGCGUGCACAGUGACGGAGAGGGGGGCCAUGGCUCAGCAGGCGUGGGCGACAUGCCCGAGAACAAGAAGAGGGUCCAUCGCUGCCAGUUUAACGGCUGCAGGAAGGUUUACACAAAGAGCUCCCACCUGAAGGCACACCAGAGGACACACACAGGUGAGAAGCCAUACAAAUGCUCCUGGGAGGGUUGCGAGUGGCGCUUUGCCCGUAGCGACGAGCUGACGAGGCACUACCGCAAACACACCGGCGCAAAGCCCUUCAAGUGUAACCACUGCGACAGGUGUUUCUCCAGGUCUGAUCAUUUGGCUCUGCACAUGAAGAGGCACAUUUGAGGGCGAGGAGAGAGAGAGAGAGAGAGAGAGAGAAAGAGAGAGAGAGAGAGAGAGAGGGAGAGGGCGGGAGACGGAGGAGAGUGGAAGAAAGGCUGAAGGGGGCAGAGGCAGAGCACCCCGGCCAGAGAAGGAGACCCCUUGCGGAGAAGUCCAAAACAAAG